UUGAAAGUUUCGCUAACCUAAGAAAUAUGUGAUAGUGAGAAAUACACGUUCUUCAGAUUUGCGUUCAAAUAUUGUUAUUAUUUGCUAUUUUUUUAUAGAAUUGUUCGAUAAAUAAUAAACUGAAUCAUGGAGGGACAUAGUCAUAGGCCUGGGGCCUUAAAACAAAUUAAUAAGUCACAUAAGUUAGAGAAAGGAAAGACAACUAGUAAAAAACGUAAAUCGUUUAAAGUAUCUGGAGUAAAGGGAGGAGGACCAAAAGUGAAAAGAGAAAUGGGAAGAAUACAAAGGCGUAAUCAUGCUUCCCAAGUGAGGAAAAACAAGAGGGAAGAAGUUUUAGAUAAGAAACGAAAGAUUGGAGGCUUGCAAUCUAAUCCUUUUUUAGUUUGUGUCCUACCAUUACAUCAACAAUAUGAUCCUGAAACAAUUAUGAAUUUGUUGAUGCAAUGCGAUCCUCAGUAUCCUCAUAUCAAAAAAAGUUCUCAAGGAGUUACACAUAUUACCAUACCUAAACUCAAACAAAGAUUUUCUUUUAUUGUGCCAUCUGUGAAAGAUGAUUGGGGAGUAUUAGAUACCCUUAAAGUUUGUGAUACUGUUCUGUUCCUGGCAUCAGCAAUUACAGACGAAGCGAUGGACGACUGGGGUAGAAAUAUACUGACAGCUGCUUUCGCUCAGGGUUUACCUUCUCCAAUCUUAGCUUUGACAGAUAUGGAAAGUAUACCUCUUAAGAGAAGACAUGAAUGUAAGAAAAUUAUUGAAAAAGGCCUUUCCAAAUGGUUUUCCGAUGAAAAGUUAUACAAUCUUGAAAAAGAAUUUGAAGCUAUGAAUAUACUCAGAAAAAUUGGUGACCAAAAAAUGAAGCCUAUACAUUAUAGAGAUAGAAGGCCAUACAUGUUUGCUGAAGAUGUAGAAUUCGUUCCAAAUCAGGAAGGUGCAUUAGGAACAUUGAAAGUGACCGGUUUUUUGAGAGGAACUCCUUUAUCUGUGAACAGUCUUGUACAUUUACCAGGUCUAGGUGAUUUUCAAAUGCUAGAAAUUGACGGACUACCUGAUCCAUAUAAGGAUCCCAAUUGUGAAGAACAAGUUCUCAGAGUUUUGCAAAGAUGCGAUCCUUCAAAACAAGAAUCUCUGGAGUCUGAGAAUAUACCUGCACCCAUGGAUGAAGAACAAACAUGGCCUACGGAAGAAGAAAUAUUGAUGGCCAAAGAAGAACAGAAGAUGAAAAAAACAAUUAAGACUCCUGAAGGUUGGUCAGAUUAUCAGGCAGCUUGGCAGAAUGGUGAAGAUGGCUCGGAUUCUGCUUCUUCUGAUUCAGAAGAUGAAGAUGAUGCGAUGGAUAUUCCUUAUGAAGAAGCAGAAGAAUCUGAAAAUGAAGAGGAAGAUGAAAUUAUGACACAGUCUGAAGUACCUGCUAAUACUGAAAGAUAUGAUCAGGAUAUGGAUAUGGAAGCCGAGAAGAAGGCUUUGGCAAUGUUGAAGCAAGCUAAGACCGAUGCAAUGUUUCCAGAUGAAGUAGAUACGCCUAUGGAUCAGUUAGCUAGGGAUCGGUUCCAGAAAUAUAGGGGUUUAAAGAGUUUCAGAACUUCUCCUUGGGAUCCAUAUGAAAAUUUACCAAGUGAUUAUCAUAAAGUUUUAUCUGUCCCAAAUAUGAAAAGAUUCAAACAGUAUAUUAUGAAAAAAGUUGAAGAAGAAGACGAAGGAGUCUUGCCUGGAUGGUACAUUACUGUUCACAUCAAAGAUGUAUCUGAAUUGGCAUGGAAUACUUUCAAAGAGAAAGAAUUACCAUUGACAUUUGUUGGUAUGUUCCCGUAUGAACAUAAAAUGACUGUUGUCCACACAGUUCUGAGACGGACAAAUGAAUAUGCAUUACCAAUAAAAUCUAAGUCAAGAUUGAUUUUCCAAUGUGGUUACAGGAGGUUUGCAGUAUGUCCUAUCUUCAAUGAACAUGUACAACAAGCAAAUCACAAGUUCAAUAGAUUCUUCCAGCCUAAUUCAAUAGCUGUAGCGACAUUUUAUGCACCCCUCCAGUUCACUCCAGCUCCUGUUCUUUGCUAUAAAGAAAUGAAUAUGGGACAGAAGGUUCUUGUGGCCACAGGAAGUUUAUUAUCAUGUGAUACCGAUAGAAUCAUAUUGAAAAGAGUAGCACUAGCAGGUCAUCCUUUGAAAAUACACAAAAGAUCAGCUGUCGUUAGAUUUAUGUUCUUCAAUAGGGAAGACAUUUUAUAUUUCAAACCAGUUCAGCUAAAGACAAGAAGGGGAAAAGUUGGUGACAUUAAGGAACCAUUAGGUACACACGGUCAUAUGAAAUGUAUAUUCAAAGGACAGAUCAACUCUCAGGAUGUAGUUUUUAUGUAUUUAUAUAAGAGGGUAUUUCCAAAAUGGAACUAUGAAGAACAUUUUGAUAGAUGUUUAGAAGACAAAGGCGAGGCUGAUAGGGAUUCCUCCAGUAUGGAUAUUGAAGAAAUAUAGACAUUUUUUAUUUAUUGAAAAUGUAUACUGUUGAAAAGAUCAGGGACCGUAUUCUCGACAAGUGAUCUUUCAAAACGUAUACGUUCAUUCAGUGUUCAGAGCACUGUAAGUACGUAUACGUUUUGAAAGAUCACUUGUCGAGAAUAUGGUCCCAGAUGUGGAAUUUAUGUAAUUAUAUGUACAUAGAAUAUA